AUGUUUUCGUUUGUGGACUUCGUGGUCCUGGUGGCGGUGCUAGCCGCCGGUGUUUACUACUAUCUCGACCGGAAGCGGUCGUACUGGAAGGACCGCGGUGUGCCUGGGCCGGACGGUAGCCUGUUGUUCGGAAACUUUGGCAAGGUCGGCACCAAGGAGCACAUUACGGUGCCCAUGAAGCGGAUCUACGACGAUUUUAAGGGCCGGCACCCGUUUGCCGGCAUGUACCAGUUCGUGAAGCCCGUUGCCGUGAUCACCGACCUGGAGCUGCUGAAGUGUGUGUUUGUGAAGGACUUCCAGUACUUCCACGACCGGGGCACCUUCUACAACGAGCGCGACGAUCCACUGUCGGCGCAUCUGUUUAAUCUGGAGGGACAAAAGUGGCGCUCGUUGCGCAACAAGCUAUCGCCCACCUUUACCUCCGGCAAGAUGAAGAUGAUGUUCCCGACGAUCGUCACCGCGGGCAAACAGUUUAAGGACUUUAUGGAGGAAACGGUCCAGAAGCAGAGUGAGUUUGAGCUGAAGGACUUGCUGGCGCGCUUCACGACCGACGUGAUCGGGAUGUGCGCGUUCGGGAUCGAGUGCAACAGCAUGAAGGACCCGGACGCCAAGUUUCGGGCAAUGGGCCGCAAGACCUUCGAGAGGCCACCGGGAAAGAUGAAGACCCUGCUGAUCAACGGUAUGCCGAAGCUGGCGAAGCUCCUUCGCAUGAAGCUGACACAUCCUGAGGUUUCGGACUUUUUCUUGGGUGUCGUACGCGAAACGAUCGACUACCGGGUGAAGAACAAUGUCCAACGGAACGAUUUUGUGGACUUACUGAUCAAGAUGAUGAGCAAGGACGACUCCAACUCCGACGAUGAGUCGCUGACGUUCAACGAGAUCGCGGCGCAGGCGUUCGUAUUUUUCCUGGCCGGCUUCGAGACUUCGUCGACGCUGCUCACGUGGACCCUGUACGAGCUGGCGGUAAACCAGGAAGUGCAGGAGCGAGGCCGACAGUGUGUACGGGAGACGCUCGAGAAGCACGAUGGCAAGAUGACGUACGAGUCGGUGGUCGAUAUGAAGUACCUCGACCAGAUCCUGAACGAAACCCUCCGCAAGUAUCCUCCCGUUCCGGUGCAUUUCCGCAUUGCGUCGAAGGAUUACCAGGUGCCCGGUACCAAGUCGGUCCUCGAAGCCGGCACCGCCGUGAUGGUGCCAGUGCACGCCAUCCAUCACGAUCCGGAAGUGUUCCCGCAGCCGGAAACGUACGAUCCGGAGCGGUUCAGUCCCGAGGAGGAGGCGAAGCGUCACCCAUAUGCCUGGACUCCGUUCGGUGAGGGUCCACGGAUUUGCGUUGGGCUGCGGUUCGGCAUGAUGCAGGCACGCAUCGGACUGGCCUACCUGCUGGACGGAUUCCGGUUCGCGCCAAGCCCCAAAACCACCAUCCCGAUGGAGCUGUCCAUUUCGAGCUUCAUCCUGGCACCGAAGGGUGGCCUCUGGCUGAAGGUGGACAAACUGUGA